UGAUCUCUUUUUCAAAAGUUUCAGCUGUUUCAACAAUAAUAUGCAUUAAAAAAUCUAAACUGGAUCCCAAACAACUUAAGCUUUCAAACUUAGCAAUAAAUGUUUAUCACCAUAGUUUUUUAAACAUUAACAAGUUAAAUUUGCCAUUCAGUUUAUAACUUUUCCACACAAAAUAAGUUACAAAAAGAGCAUGUUUUUAUCAGUAAAAAUUCAAAGACAAUCUUUGUACAUUCUUUGUAUUAAAUCAGCAUUUAGGCUGUACUAGCACAACAAAAGUUCUCAUUUAUAUAGAUUUUAAUUUGAGCACUAGCUUUUUACAUAUGCAAGAUUAUGUUAGUAAAAUGGAGAAAAAAAAUGAAGAAUCUGUCAGAAUCUGUGAGUGAGGUGAGGAUCAUUAUAUACAAAUAAACAUAAAUUUAAAAGCAGUAACAGUUGUUGUCUUUGUCAAUUUCUUGCAGAUCCAGAAGAACCUGACCACAGUGACAAUCAAGAUUCAGCAGAGAUCAGCACUAUCAGAGAGACAGACACUGGAAGAUGAGAAGAAGCAUAAAAGAAACACAUGGAAGUGACUGAAUCAGUCUAAUCUACAACAGAAUGCAGAAAUCAGGUGUGUUUGGGGCAGACACAGAUGAAGUACAGUCAGUGUCAGUGUUGGAGGGAGAUCCUGUCUCUCUAAACUCUGAUCUUACUGAAAUAGUUAAUGAAGACAUAACUUGGACAUGUGGAGCUGAAAAGUCUCUCAUAGCUAAAAUCAAAGGAAAGAAACAAAACUUCACCACAUUUGAUGGUCCUGAUGGAAGAUUCAGAGACAGAGUACAGCUGGACAAACAAACUGGAUCUCUGACAAUCACCAACACCAGAACUGAACAUACUGGAGUAUAUCAGAUACAGAUAUUUGCAGCUAAACUGUCAUCAAAAACGUUCAAUGUUUCUGUCUAUGCUCGUCUGCCAGUUCCUGUCAUCAACAGAGACUGUUCUUCAUCAUCAUCAUCAUCAAAUUGUUCAUUGGUGUGUUCAGUGGUGAAUGUGAGUCAUGUGAGUCUCUCCUGGUACAAAGGAAACAGUUUAUUGUCCAGCAUCAGUGUGUCUGAUCUCAGCAUCAGUCUCUCUCUACCUCUGGAGGUGGAAUAUCAGGAUAAAAACACCUACAGCUGUGUGAUCAACAAUCCCAUCAGCCACCAGACUCAACAAGUGGACAUCAGCAAACUCUGUCACACAUGUGCAGGCUCCCAGAUAAUGUUGAUCUCUGUAGCUGCUGUUAUAUCUCUGUUGAUUGUAGCUGCAGUCGGGAUCGUUUGUUGGAAAUGUAGAAAAAGUAACAGAGAAGUCCAGACUUGUGAUGAAGAAAUAACUUAUGCUCAGACAACAGUCUACAAAAAAAGUGCACACAAAUCGAAAGUCAAAGAGGAGAAUCAUGUUGUGUAUGCAUCAGUCAACACAGGAAGAUCCCAAAUCCAGGAAAAUUCAGCGGAGUUUGAUGAAGUGAAAAAAUUUAUGUUUGACGCUUAAAGGGAUGGUUCACUCAAAAUACAAAAUUAUUCCAUGAUAGUCAUGGCAGAAGAUUAACACAGAAGCACAGAGGAUAGAGCUAAACAAAACACUGGUCACAAAUUACACAACUACAAUUGUACAAUA